UCCCUCCCUCUCCAGUGUUGUACGGGGACAGCACGCACAUUAUCCAGCAGAGCCUCUCGGGUUUCCUGUUGGGAGGACCGUGAGAGCCCCACGCCUCAUUUCCACAGCUGCUGGACCAGAGGAGCGCCUGUCCUCCGCUGGCCCAGCUCAGAAAGGACUCAUCGAGGUGGAUCAUCUGCCAUGAGUUGAUCACCGGAUCAGCCUCCCGUUUCCUGCUCGGUCUGACACUUCUUCCACCUGUAAACAUGAGGUUGUGUGCUAACGCGAGGGCUCCCAGACAGGGCUGCAGCGGUGCUGUAGAAGCGAUGGCUUUGCUGCUGCUUCUGCUCCUGGGGCUCAGUCAGGCCCAGUCCGUGCCUCAGCAGACAGCCUGUGCGUCCUCAACCCCACAGAGCCUCAAGCAGCCUCAAUAUCAAAAUACCACACAGGAGGACACCGGUGUGGGUUUUAUGGCAGCCCUGGUCCAGUCCUUCCUCCACACAGUCCAGCCUAACCCCUUUCCUAAAGAUCUGAUCCUACAAUUAGUCCGGCAAUAUAACUUCAGUGAAGAUCUCAUCAGAGACGUUCUGCUGUACGAGGUGGGUUUCCUGGUGUGUUUGGCCAUCGGAAUCCUCUACAUCGUCCUGAUGCCCAUAGUUGGUUUGUUCCUGGCCUGUUGUCGCUGCUGCGGCAACUGUGGCGGGAAGAUGUAUCAGAAGCAGACAUCCUCCACUCACUGUCACAGAAGAGCCCUUUACUGGAGCGCGUUCGUCACCACAGGCAUCAUCCUGGCUGGGAACGUUUGCAUGUUCAAAAGCAAUGAAGCUCUCAGAGUGAGUGUGGAUCAGAGUCCCGUGGAACUCCACAACUCCUUGGACAACAUCCACACCUUCCUGACCUCUGCGCCUCAGCAAAUUGACUCUGUGGUGAAUGAGAGCUACAAAACAGUAGAGAAGGUUACAGGGAACCUCCACGACAUCGGACCUCAGCUGGGAGAAGAGAUCCAGAAACAGUUCAGAGGAACCCUGGAUCCAGCGCUGAACUCAGUGAAGCUUCUGGACCGAGAGACCGUUGACCUCAGCGACAGACUGAAGAAGCUGAACUCAUCGUUGGAAGAGCUGCAGUCCAGCAUGGACCUUCUCCAGGCCAACGUCACUGCUGUUAAAACCCGCAUCAAUCAGACCAUAUCGAAGCCGGCCUGUUCGGGCUGCGAAAACGUAAAACCAGAGCUAGACAAAAUAACAGUGGACACCUCCAUUUCAGUUCCUGAAUUGAAUGAGUUUCAGUCUGCGGUGGAUGAAGUUGUCAAAAGCAAUCUGAACUCCAGAAUCAGUGAGGUGGAAGAUUAUUUCCAAAGCAUCCCUCAGACGGUGACCGACGAAACCAAGGACAUAGUUCAGGACAGCAUCCAGGUUCUUGGUAACAUGAAAACACAGAUCUCCCAAGUUACCAGCGACAUCUCUCUAACCAGUGUGUUCCAAAACGUGUUGGGGCAACUGGGAACGGCACAAAUGGAGAUCAAUCGCGUCUUGCCGCAAGUUCAGAAAGCUGAGAACAUCAGAUGGGCGGUGUGUGUGGUGCUGUGCUGCGUGGUGCUCCUGGUGGUGGUGUGUUACUUCCUGGGCCUGGUCCUGGGUCCUCUGGGCCUCAGCCCCAAGUCAGACCCCACGAAGCGCUCGUACACAGCCAACUGCGGAGGCACCUUCCUGAUGAUGGGCGCAGGCUUCAGCCUCCUGUUCGCCUGGCUGUUCAUGAUCGCGGUGCUGAUUCUGUUUCUGCUGGGUGGAAAUGUUUAUACUCUGGUGUGCCAGCCCUGGAACAACGGACAACUGCUAGAGUUUAUCGACACUCCAGGUUUAAUUCCAGGGUUGGAUAUCGGUCCAAGUUUAGGCUUGAAAACCAACCUAAAUUUAACCAGUAUCUACAGAGACUGUGAGAAGAACCAGCCUCUGUGGACGACGCUGCACCUGCAUGAGCUGGUGGACCUCGACGAUCUGCUCAAUGUGUCUAAAUACACAGAGGAGAUCGAGAAGAACUUUGAGAACGCGGUCAUCUCUCUGUCCUCGGUCACCCUCCUCAGCACCGAGGUUAAAACCAAACUCAGGAGCGUCUCCUCCAAGGCUGAAGACUUUGACCCCACUCCCGUCACUCAGCAGAUUAACGAUUUCACCAGGAUCAGCCUGAAUUCAACAGCCGAUCAACUUGACACGCUUGCUGAUACUCAAUCAGACGGUGAUAUUCAAAGAGAACUCCGCGGUCAGGCCAGAGACCUGAGGCAAAUCCAAGCCAACAUAGAGCUAACCAUCAUCCCACAGCUGGAAAGCCUCAACUCCACCAUCAAGGGCUUUCAACCCACCGCCGAAAAAAUCAACGGAACCGUGGGGGAGGUGCUGAGCACAGUGGGAGCGGCACAAGAUUUCCUCAACACAAACACGACACAGAUCGUGAAGACCGAAAGCAGAAAGUUCUUGGACUGUCAGCUGGAUUACUUUAUUCUGUACGCGGACUGGGCCAAACACACUAUCACACAGCAGGUGGGCCGCUGUGGGCCGGUGGCCGGAGCUGUGGACUCGGUGGAAAUCGUCCUCUGCGCGUACAUGGUGGAGUCUCUGAAUGCGUUCUGGUUCAGUCUGGGUUGGUGCAUGAUCUUCUUCGUCCCCGGCAUCAUCUUUUCCAUCAAACUCGCCAAGUACUACAGGAGAAUGAAGUACACGGAUGUCUACGACAACCACGCGGCGGUAAACCACAUCCCCCGGGCACACACGAAAUUCACCUGAGAGGACGGCAUCAUGUGCAGUUUGGCUGGAAGGGACUCCAAAUUUAAAUGCGACAUCAAUAAACUCAAUAAAGCACCUGGAGCACUCCUGCACAGAUGUGGCACAUUGUCACUCCUAGGUAAAGACUGGAAAGGAGAGAGAGAGAGAGAAAAAAGGUGAUACUCUCUUCUUAAAGUUAUUUAUUUUAUAUUUCAAUUGGUCACUGUGGGAUGAAACAGCAAAAAACCUCUUAUAGAGUGAUGGCAGUGUUCAUACUGUGGUGAACAUGAGUGUAUUUUUUACAGCAGCGUUAAACUAAACCUCAGGAGGACACAGGGGGUCAGGGACACUGUGUUGAUCAUUUUAUUUUACACUUCAUCUCUGCAUCACCUCCAUGUCUUGGAUUCAUUUCAUGUAUGAAUGGAACGGCCGAUAAGUCCCUUGGAGCACACGCUCUACCUUUCAAACUCUAAGCAAUAUCCCAUUUCAUCACCUGUGAACGUUGCUGGACAUUUCUCUUAUUAAACAGCAUCUCUACGUUCCAACGAGGAACACUUUUAAACUGAAUUCUUCCUCUUUUACUUGCACUGAUGAUGAAAAUCAAAGCACAAUAUUGUGUGUUUUCUGUAUGAACGUUUAAUGAUUCUAACUGGUCUCAUAGAUUUCGCCAUUGCUGUUGCUGCUAUUUGCAAACUAAUGCCACAAAUUUUACCUUUUAUACUGUUUUUUCUGCAAAUACAUGGCUGUACGAUUUCUGUUUUUCACUGUGAUUCGACGCUGCCGUUUUUUUUAUUUAUACAUUUUGUACUUGAGAGUAGAUGUGUCUUAUUUGGCGUUAUGCGGCACUUUAUAAAGUCCAUGUUGUGAAAAUGACUGUGAAUAAAUAAUUACCACUGAUCAGCA